CCCCCGCGGCUGUUCCACCGCCUCGUCUCCCCUCCCCCCGGCCGGAGCUCACUGUCUCCAAGAUGGCGGCCGUGUCAGUUUGGGGCAUCUCCGCGGUCCGGCCCGGGGCCCCGGGAUCCCGGCUCUCUUUCCCUCCGGAUUCUUUCUACUAAUCCAGAUACUUGUUGAAGUGCUGAAUAGUUUCUUGGGGAAAGAUGUCAAGCAAGAGUUGAAAUUCAUAGACUGGUGAGCAGAGAUGGCGGAGUACAGGAUAGCUAUCACUCCUCUGGCAUAGGAUGCACAUUUUUGCUGUGAACCCUGAGAAUGAGAUGUAUGGAGUCCUUGCAACAUUAUGAAGAGAUCCAUGUUUGAUACUACUGAGAAACUGGGAAGUUUGAAGACAUUUCUAAUAACCAGUUGUUUUGGUUUCUAAAGUAAAAGUGGGAAUGCAGUCUGUUUUGUGAAAGGAGGAAGGACUCAGGCCAGAAAACCUGUAUGCUAUGGUUAACUGGUUCCCAGCCUCCGAAAAUCUUGUUUUCCAUGGUGUAACACUUACUCAGCAUCAGGAUAAGGGAUAACGACUCUAUGGAUAUACAAAAUCCUUCACCAUGGUAAAACUCGCUAACCCGCUGUAUACUGAGUGGAUUUUGGAAGCCAUCAAAAAAGUGAAGAAGCAGAAACAACGUCCUUCAGAAGAAAGGAUAUGCAAUGCAGUAUCUUCAUCCCAUGGCUUGGAUCGGAAAACUGUUUUAGAACAAUUGGAGUUGAGUGUUAAAGAUGGAACCAUUUUAAAAGUUUCAAACAAAGGACUCAAUUCCUAUAAAGAUCCUGAUAAUCCUGGGCGAAUAGCACUUCCUAAACCUCGAAACCAUGGGAAAUUGGAUAAUAAGCAAAAUGUGGAUUGGAAUAAACUGAUUAAACGGGCAUUUGAGGGCUUGGCAGAGUCUGGUGGCUCAACUUUGAAAAAUAUUGAACGCUUUCUGAAAAGUCAGAAGGAUGUGUCUGCAUUAUUUGGAGGCAGUGCUGCCUCUGGCUUUCACCAGCAGUUCAGAUUGGCUAUCAAACGCGCCAUUGGUCACGGCAGACUCCUUAAAGAUGGACCUCUUUAUCGGCUUAACACUAAAGCAACGAAUGCUGAUGGGAAAGAGAGUUGUGAGUCUCUUUCUUGUUUACCUCCAGUGUCACUGCUUCCACAUGAAAAGGAUAAGCCAGUUGCUGAACCAAUCCCCAUCUGUAGUUUCUGUCUUGGUACAAAAGAACAAAACCGGGAAAAGAAGCCAGAAGAACUCAUCUCCUGUGCAGACUGUGGCAAUAGUGGUCAUCCAUCCUGUUUAAAGUUUUCCCCUGAACUAACGGUUAGAGUGAAGGCCUUACGAUGGCAGUGCAUCGAGUGUAAAACAUGCAGCUCCUGUAGAGAUCAAGGCAAAAAUGCAGAUAACAUGCUCUUUUGUGAUUCAUGUGACCGAGGUUUUCACAUGGAGUGUUGUGACCCACCACUCACGCGGAUGCCAAAAGGCAUGUGGAUAUGUCAAAUAUGUCGACCUAGGAAAAAAGGACGAAAACUUCUACAAAAGAAGGCUGCACAGAUAAAACGGCGCUAUGCUAAUCCAAUAGGACGUCCAAAAAACAGGUUAAAGAAACAAAACACGUUAUCAAAGGGUCCCUUCAGCAAAGUUCGAACUGGCCCUGGAAGGGGUCGGAAACGUAAAAUCACUCUCUCCGGACAGUCAGCAUCAUCAUCAGAAGAAGGAUAUUUAGAGCAAAUAGAUGGCUUGGACUUCUGCAGAGAUAGCAGUGUCCCCUUGAAGUUCAACAAGAAAACCAAAGGGCUCAUUGAUGGCCUUACCAAAUUCUUCACCCCUUCCCCUGAUGGGCGGAAAGCUCGAGGGGAAGUGGUAGACUACUCUGAGCAAUAUAGAAUCAGGAAAAAGGGCAACAGAAAAUCAAGCACUUCAGAUUGGCCCACAGACAAUCAGGAUGGCUGGGAUGGCAAACAAGAAAAUGAGGAGCGGCUUUUUGGGAGCCAGGAAAUCAUGACUGAGAAAGAUAUGGAAUUAUUUCGUGAUAUCCAAGAACAAGCACUGCAGUGCUGGGGAUUGAACCCAGGGUCUUGUGCAUGCGAGAAAGUUGGAGUGACUGGUCCCCCUGAUCCACAAGUCCGCUGCCCCUCUGUCAUUGAAUUUGGGAAGUAUGAAAUUCACACCUGGUAUUCCUCUCCAUAUCCUCAAGAAUACUCAAGGCUGCCUAAAUUGUAUCUUUGUGAGUUUUGUCUAAAAUAUAUGAAAAGUAGAACUAUUCUACAGCAGCAUAUGAAAAAAUGUGGUUGGUUUCAUCCUCCUGCCAAUGAGAUUUACCGAAAGAAUAAUAUUUCUGUCUUUGAGGUUGAUGGGAACGUGAGUACCAUUUAUUGUCAAAACCUGUGUCUCUUGGCAAAGUUAUUUCUUGACCACAAAACACUCUAUUAUGAUGUGGAGCCAUUUCUUUUUUAUGUACUAACACAGAAUGAUGUCAAGGGCUGCCACCUUGUUGGCUACUUUUCUAAAGAAAAGCACUGCCAACAGAAAUACAACGUUUCCUGUAUAAUGAUUCUUCCCCAAUACCAGCGUAAGGGCUAUGGCAGGUUUCUCAUCGAUUUCAGUUAUUUGUUAUCAAAGCGUGAAGGCCAAGCAGGGUCUCCAGAGAAACCAUUGUCAGAUCUAGGUCGUUUAUCCUAUAUGGCUUAUUGGAAAAGUGUAAUAUUGGAGUGCCUUUAUCACCAAAAUGACAAACAGAUCAGCAUUAAGAAGUUAAGCAAGUUGACAGGUAUCUGCCCUCAAGACAUUACCUCCACACUCCACCACCUACGCAUGCUGGACUUCCGUAGUGACCAAUUUGUGAUUAUCCGCCGGGAAAAACUUAUCCAGGAUCACAUGGCAAAGCUUCAGUUGAAUUUGCGACCUGUAGAUGUGGAUCCAGAAUGUUUACGCUGGACUCCUGUCAUAGUCUCCAACUCUGUUGUCUCAGAGGAGGAAGAUGAGGAGGCUGAUGAAGGAGAAAAUGAAGAACCACAGUGCCAGGAAAGAGAAUUAGAGACCAGUAUAGGAAAAUCUCUGUCUCGGGAGAACAAAGAACAGGAUUCUUAUUCUUCAGUAGAAAGUGAAAAGAAACCAGAAGUUAUGGCUCCAGCUAGUUCUACACGUUUGAACAAACAGAUCCUUCCCCGUGAUAGUCUUCCUGCAAAUAGUCAGCCAUCUCGGAGGGGCCGGUGCGGGAGGAAGAACAGAAAGACCCAAGAACGUUUUGGUGAUAAAGAUUCUAAACUGCUCUUGGAAGAGACAUCAUCAACUCCUCAGGAACAAUAUGGAGAAUGUGAGGAAAAAUCAGAAACCUCCCAAGAACAAUACACUGAAAGUGAAGAACAAUUGACAGCCUCUCAGGAACAGCCAAGCCAGGAUGGGAAGCCAGACAUUCCCAAAAGAAGAUUAAGUGAGGGGGUUGAGCUGUGGCGAGGACAGCUAAAGAAAAGCCCUGAGACUCUGAAGUGCAGAUUACCAGAAGGAAAUGAUAGACUGCCUCGUUGCUAUAGUGAUGGUGACAGGGCUCUCCUUAGGGGCUUCAGUGAGAGCAGUGAGGAGGAAGAAGAGCCAGAAAGUCCUCGGUCAAACUCACCACCAAUUCUUACAAAACCCACAUUGAAGCGAAAGAAACCAAUUCUUCACCGAAGAAGGAGAGUCCGAAAGCGCAAGCAUCACAAUAGCAGUGUAGUCACAGAAACUAUUUCUGAGACCACAGAAGUGUUAGAUGAACCUUUUGAAGACUCUGACUCUGAGAGACCAAUGCCACGAUUAGAACCCACAUAUGAGAUUGAUGAAGAAGAAGAAGAAGAAGAGGAUGAAAAUGAACUCUUCCAUAGAGGAUACUUCCAUCGUUUGUCCUCACAGGAUGUUCUCAGGUGUCGAUCAUCUAAAAGGAAGUCGGAAUAUGAGGAGUCAGACGAUGCUGAUGACACACCUAUCCUAAAGCCAGUAUCUCUUUUACGGAAACGUGAUGUGAACAGUUCUUCCCUUGAGCCAGAUACAUCCACACCUAUGAAAAAGAAAAAGGGAUGGCCCAAAGGCAAGAGCCGCAAACCAAUCCACUGGAAGAAAAGACCUGGUCGAAAACCCGGAUUUAAGUUGAAUCGGGAAAUCUUAGCCGUUUCUACUCAAGAGCGCAUUGUUGAGCCCAUUGUUCCCAUUCCCAAACCCGGUCGUAAACCCAAAACCCAAGAAAAUGAAGAAACUAUUGAGCCAAAAAAAGACUUGCCCUUAUUGGAAGAAAGAAAGGACGAGGAGAUGCAUGUGGAAGCAGAAGAGGUUGAAGAGGGAGAGGAAGAGGACACAACCAGCAGUGAAGUUAGAGCCACUUCUCCAGUAGACAGCAGCAACAGUCCCGAAACUGAAAUGAAAGAACCUGAAGUAGAGGAGGAAGAAGAGAAACCUCACAUCUUAGAAGAACAAAGGCAGUCAGAAGAAGAGCCACAAGAACUGGAAGAACAGGAGCAAGAGGAAGACGAUGAAGUGACCACCGAGGCAAAUCAGAAUGAAGACCAUGAUGCAGAUGAUGAAGAUGAUGGUCAUCUGGAACCUACAAAGAAACAGGAGCCAGAGGAGCAGCCCAUUAGAGAAGAUAUCAAGGAGGAGCCGAGUGGUCAAGAGUCUUUUUUAGAUACUAACAUGCAGAACAGUAGGGAGACCAUAAAGGAUAAAGAUGAAACAGAACCAGAUUCUGAGGAGGAACAGCCUUCCAAUGAGACAUCUGUGGUAUCAGAGCAUAUGCCGGGGUCUGAGGAUGACCAUGAAGAAGAUUCCAACACUAAGGAAGAAUUAAUUGAAUUAAAAGAGGAAGAAGAGAUUCCUCAUAGUGAACUGGAUCUGGAAACUGUACAAGCAGUGCAGUCUUUGACUCAAGAAGAAAGCAAUGAGCAUGAGGGAGCCUACCAGGACUGUGAAGAAACACUCGCAGCUUGUCAGACCCUGCAGAGUUACACCCAGACCGAUGAAGACCCUCAGAUGUCAAUGGUUGAAGACUGUCACGCUUCAGAACAUAAUAGCCCAAUAUCCUCAGUUCAGUCUCAUCCCAGCCAGUCAGUCCGUUCAGUCAGCAGUCCCAAUGUGCCUGCCCUGGAGAGUGGUUACACACAGAUCAGCCCAGAACAAGGAUCCCUGUCCGCACCCUCUAUGCAGAACAUGGAGACCAGCCCCAUGAUGGAUGUGCCUUCCGUAUCAGACCACUCUCAGCAGGUAGUAGACAGUGGCUUCAGUGAUCUGGGCAGCAUCGAGAGCACCACAGAGAACUACGAGAACCCUAGCAGCUAUGAUUCCACAAUGGGUAGCAGCAUAUGUGGGAAUAACUCCUCUCAGAGCAGCUGCUCCUAUGGUGGGUUGUCAUCGUCUAGCAGCCUCACCCAGAACAGUUGUGUUGUCACUCAGCAAAUGGCAAACAUGGGCAACAGCUGCAGCAUGUUGCAGCAGAACACUGUCCAGCCUACUACCAAUUGCAAUAUCAAGUCACCUCAGAGUUGUGUGGUGGAGAGGCCUCCUAGUAACCAGCAGCAGCCACCACCGCCGCCACCACAGCAACAACAGCAGCAACAGCAGCAGCAACAACAACAACAACCAGCACCACAGCCUCCACCACCCCAGCCACAGCAGCAGCAACAGCAGCAGCAGCCACAGCAGCAGCCUCAGCCCCAGCAGCCUCAGCCCCCACCCCCACCCCAACAGCAGCCCCCGCUAUCACAAUGUAGUAUGAAUAAUAGUUUCACUCCAGCUCCUAUGAUCAUGGAGAUACCAGAAUCUGGAAGCACUGGGAAUAUAAGCAUCUAUGAGAGGAUUCCAGGGGAUUUUGGUGCUGGCAGCUACUCUCAACCAUCAGCCACCUUCAGUUUAGCCAAGUUGCAACAGCUGACUAACACCAUUAUGGACCCUCAUGCCAUGCCUUAUAGCCAUUCUCCUGCUGUGACUUCCUAUGCAACCAGUGUUUCUUUGUCUAAUACAGGACUCGCUCAGCUAGCACCAUCUCAUCCAUUAGCUGGGACCCCUCAAGCACAAGCCACCAUGACACCGCCCCCCAACUUGGCAUCCACUACCAUGAACCUCACAUCACCUCUGCUACAGUGCAACAUGUCUGCCACCAACAUUGGCAUUCCUCACACUCAGAGGUUGCAAGGGCAAAUGCCAGUCAAGGGGCACAUUUCUAUCCGUUCCAAAUCUGCGCCACUGCCCUCUGCAGCUGCUCAUCAGCAGCAGCUAUAUGGCCGCAGCCCACCAGCGGUUGCCAUGCAGGCUGGCCCUCGUGCAUUGGCUGUUCAGCGUGGCAUGAACAUGGGGGUUAAUUUAAUGCCAACUCCUGCCUAUAAUGUCAAUUCCAUGAAUAUGAACACCUUGAAUGCCAUGAACAGCUAUCGAAUGACACAGCCCAUGAUGAACAGCAGUUACCAUAGUAACCCUGCCUACAUGAACCAGACAGCACAGUAUCCUAUGCAGAUGCAAAUGGGAAUGAUGGGGAGCCAGGCUUAUACCCAGCAGCCUAUGCAGCCAAACCCUCAUGGAAACAUGAUGUACACUGGCCCCUCCCAUCACAGCUAUAUGAAUGCUGCUGGUGUGCCCAAGCAGUCACUCAAUGGACCUUACAUGAGAAGAUGAGCAAGAUGAACUUACAGUUAAAAACUUAAAUAUAUAUAAAUAAAGGAACCUUUUAUACUGACAAACCAGAGAAAAAUGGACCUUUUUUUCCAUUAAAAUAUUGCUGUAGAUUUAGAGGAAUUUUUCUUUGGUUUAUUUUAUAUUUUAGAAAACCUGAUCUCUUUUUUGGGGGGUUCAUUUUGUUCUGGGUUUUGGUUUUCUUCACAAUCUUGAACAUUUUACAGUAGAACUCAUCUAAAAAUGGAUUCGGGGAUGGGGGGAAACAUGCACAAAAUCUUUUCAUAAUUAAAAAGAGCCUUACUUUCUUUACACAUCA